AUGCCGCCGAGAAUGAGAUAUAGAAAUCAAGAAGAGGAAGAGGAAGAACAAAGAGAGCCUACGCCACCACCACCUCAUCCACAGCCAGAAAGAAGGAUAGAAGAACUCUUUUUGAGGCAAAAUCCACCUACCUUCAACGGGUCUGGAGAUCCUGCUGAAACUGAAGAAUGGAUAAGAAACAUGGACCAAAUCUUUAGAUUUCUUCGAUGUGAUGAUCCCGAGCGUCUUAUGUGUAUGUCAUAUAAGCUUAAGGGGCCAGCAGAUUUUUGGUGGGAAGCGAAACAGAAAACCAUGACCCCAGAACAGAUGGCUGCUCUAACUUGGGAGCAAUUUAAGACGGCUUUGUGUGAAAAAUAUGUACCGCGAAGUUAUCGGAAGAAGAAGGAGACGGAAUUUGUAAAUCUAAGGCAAGGAAACAAGACAGUAACUGAGUACGAUCGUCUAUUUUGUGAUUUGGCUCGAUAUGCACCAUAUCGAGUGGAUACGGACGAGAAGAUGUCAGAGCUGUUUUACCCUGGACUAAAGCAAGAGAUACGAGUUGUCUUGGCGAGUCAGAGUGCGCUAACAUAUGCUGAAGCAUUAAAUCGAGCACUGGAUAUGGAACUGGCAAUGCAGCCAGAAAAGACGAGUCAAACUUCUGUACCCCAGUCGAAUCCGAACCCUCAAAGGGGAAAUCAACCUUUUUCGGGACAGGGACAGAAAGGUAAGAGGAAAUGGGAAGACCGAAGUCAAGAAUUUAAAAAGCCGUGGCAGCAUCAGAAUGCACCACCAUAA